UCUCCUUCCCCAACAACCAGCAUCCCUCCAUCUUUGAGUCAUCUCGCUGAGCGACCGACUUUCCCGCCUCCCUUCCUUUUUUCGCCCUUUUCUGUUGUUUUCCCGUGACGAACUGCCAACGAAGCCUACCACUCGCCAACUACGUGGCCUCGCGAACCACCUAAUUUAACGACCUAAAGACCAAGAAUAUCCAGCCUCUCGUAAUAACACCAUGGCUGAACAACCCUACGAUCCCUAUAUCCCUUCUGGCUCCAGCGCCCCCAGCGGCAGCACCGCGCAAAAUGGCGACAAUAGAACACGGGAAAUCGACAAGAAAAUCCAGGAAACCGUCGACACAAUGCGUUCAAACAUCUUCAAGGUCUCCGAGCGCGGCGAACGUCUAGACUCUUUGCAGGACAAGACCGACAACCUGGCCGUGUCAGCCCAGGGCUUCCGCAGAGGCGCCAACCGUGUGCGAAAGCAAAUGUGGUGGAAGGACAUGAAGAUGCGCGUAUGCUUGUUCAUUUGUAUCAUUCUGCUGCUUGUAGUGAUCAUCGUUCCUGCUGUUGUCACUACCACGAAAUAAGAUAUGAGAAUUAGCGAAAGUCAUGUUUUUCUCUCGAUAAGUGGAUGCGAGUUCCACGUGGAUUCUGCGGGUUAAAACCGUUGAAGCUCUGUUUUCAGCCUCUCUAAUACCUUCUGUGCUUUUGUGUUGGGCGUCGACUCCUCUUGU